AUGCCAGGAAGAAACAUCAGCCUGGCGGUGAACUGUGACAAACUUCAGGAAGUACGGCUGGAAAAUGGAGCUUCCAGUUGGAUUUGUGAAUUAGAGGGUGACUGGGAUGUGGCGCUGACGGAACUGCAGGCUCAAAUCGCCUUCCUGCAGGGUGAGCGGAGGGGUCAGGAGAACCUGAAGAAAGACCUGGUCAGAAGAAUCAAGAUGCUGGAGUACGCCCUCAAACAAGAGAGAGCCAAAUACCACAAACUGAAGUACGGCACCGAGCUGAACCAGGGAGAGAUCCAAGCUCCCAGCUACGAUUCAGAUGAGGGGAACGACGGCGAGCUCUCCAGUCCUCCGAACAGCAGCCAUCAGCUCAGCUGGAAACAAGGACGCCAGCUGCUCCGCCAGUACCUGCAGGAGGUGGGCUACACGGACACCAUCCUGGAUGUGAAGUCCCAGCGGGUCAGGGUGCUGCUGGGUUUGACCACAGACUCUGGAGACAAACCCUCAGAACCCAAAGCCGAGCCCAUGAUCAACGGCACCGAGCCGUCCUCACUGAAGGACAGUGGCGUCAUCAGUAAACCGGACAUGUCGGACUCAGCCACCGUGUUGGAGGCCUUCAAGUUCAUCGAGAGCGCCGCCGCAGAGUUCAGCGACGAAGACGAGGAGGAGGACAGUGAAGGACGGGACAAGACCACCCUGGACCUGCCUGCAAUGAUGAGGAAGAAGCAGUCCUCUACACCAUCCUCCAUGACCUCUGACCUCAGUGAUGACCCCGACACAGAGGAGGCGCUGAAGGGUUUUGCUUUCCUGGCCAGUCCCGACGAGCUGGAUGUUUCUCCAGAGUCCAGGAGCAGGGAGGACAGCGAGGAGUGGGAGAAGGAGGAGCAGCCUCCCACCGGCGAGGUGUCCUGGGACGUGGACCAGGGUCUGAUCGCCCAGCUCAAGGAGCAGUACAGGAAGGAACGCAAGGGCAAGAAGGGGGUGAAGAGACCGAACCGGUCUAAGCUCCAGGACAUGCUGUCUAACCUGCGGGAUGUGGAGGAGCUUCCCUCCAUGAUGGGUCCAUCCCGGCCCGCCGUGCCCAGGCUCAGCGAGCACGAUGUCGGACGCCCAGAAGACGAGGCCAUGACCUUCCUGCCAUCAACUGGGAAGUCCUUCAUCCUGGGCAGAGUGGACGAGGCGGUCUCUAACGAGCUGGGACUGGGAGAACUGGCCGGACUAACUGUGGCCAACGAAGCUGAGAGCAUGGCGUACAACAUCACCAGUAACAACGACGCCCUGAGGAAGACCUGGAACCCAAAGUUCACCCUUCGGAGCCACUUUGACUCUGUCAGAAGCCUGGCCUUCCACCCAGUGGAGCCGGUCCUGGUCACCGCCUCUGAGGACCACACCCUCAAACUGUGGAACCUCCAGAAGACGGCACCGGCCAAAAAAUGUGCUGCUCUGGAUGUCGAGCCGAUCUACACGUUCAGAGCCCACAGCGGUGCGGUGCUGAGCGUGACCAUGAGCUCCAGCGGUGAGCAGUGCUUCAGCGGCGGUGUGGAUGGAACCAUUCAGAGCUGGAACACACCAAACCCAAACAUCGACCCCUACGACUCCUACGAGCCAUCUGUCCUGCGGGGGGCGCUCUGCGGUCACACAGACGCUGUUUGGGGACUGGUCUAUAGCUCCGCCCACUGCCGCCUCCUCUCCUGCUCAGCAGAUGGAACGGUCCGGCUUUGGAAUGGCGACGACGCGACCUCUCUGGCUGUUUUCAACAGGAGAGGAGAGCUGGGCGUGCCGACCUCGGUGGACCUGGUCAGCAGCGAGCCGGCUCACAUGGUGACGUCGUUCUGCAGCGGCCACAUCGGACUUUACAACAUGGAGACACAACAGCUGCUGCUGACGCUGGAAUCUGCCGGAUCACCAGAGGCACCGUGCAAGAUCAACAAAGUGCUGAGUCAUCCCACGCUGCCGAUCACCAUCACGGCGCAGGAGGACCGCCACAUCCAGUUCUUCGACAACAACACAGGUAAACUGAUCCACUCGAUGGUCGCACACCUGGACUCUGUCACAAGUCUGGCUGUGGAUCCAAACGGACUCUACCUGAUGUCCGGAAGUCAUGACUGCUCGAUCCGUCUCUGGAACAUGGAGACCAAGACCUGCAUCCAGGAGUUCACGGCUCACAGGAAAAAGUUUGAGGAGUCCAUCCACGACGUGGCCUUCCACCCCACAAAGUGCUACAUUGGCAGCGCCGGGGCAGACGCCCUCGCCAAGGUCUUCGUAUGACCAGUCUGAGCCUGCACCUGCUGCUAACCGUUUGGACCACAAAUCCAUGACGAAGGAGGAGUUCCUGUUUGCAGUGGGCGGGGCUUUGAUGUGCAGACAGACUGAAUGGAAAGGAAGCGUGAGAGCUCAUCGCCAUGGUAAUCCUGACGCACACCACUCCUUUAAGAUUCCUCACGCCCUCUGACCCGGGCUGGCCCGAGUCCUGGUCCAAACCCCUGGAUGAGAAAACAGAAACAUUGUGCGUUUACUGAAGUGUUUGUUUGUUUGCAGGUCGACGUUUUCCUCAGAGCGAGAAACCGAUUAUCAUCAUGUGCCUUUUUCUUCACUUCUUUUCACUCUCCAGGAUUUUACUUUUCUGCAGCAGACGAAAGACAACAAACGGUUUCAUUUCCACGAUGAGACACAUCACAGCACGGUCACCCGACCGUGACAUUUUAGUGCACCUCCAUUAAAUUCAAAAUUUAAAGGUUUUUUCUUUAGCUGAGAUUUUCUCGCUCACAUAAAAAAAGAUUAAAGAACGACUCACAAAUAUUGUGAUUCUGAUGCAGAAAACUGGAAUUAUUUCAAAUAUGAGCAGGAGAUUUGCUCAACAGCAAACUCAGAAAACUUGUUUUCAUUCAUCUGACAUUUGGGGAAAAAACAGGAUUCAUUCUGCAGCUUUAAUAUCAGACAAAAUAAAUUCUCAGGUUAAAUUCAAGUCUUUUUAAAGUUGGACUAUUUCUGGAUUUACUGUAAUCUUGUGUUAUUUGAACACUCGGGUUUGUUUACCUGCUGUUAUGUUCAAGCAGUAUUUUACAAAAGAUCACUUUCAUCGAAAUGAGGUCAAAGGUCGGGAUUAUUAAUAAAACAUUCAUAGAUUUCUGAUAUACAACAAAUCUGAACAAAUGAGUAAAAAAACA